GACUGACCCUUGGGUCCACGCCUUUUUGCUUACUGCCGUUCUGCUCUUUCCUCUUCAGCCCUUCCUUUUCGUGAGAAACUACUGAACUUGGAAUAAAGGCUCCAUAUUUCCAUAGUCAUGGCACUCUUUUCUUCCCUCACCCCAGUCUUUAUAGCCAUUAUAUGUCUUUUGAUUGGGGUAAUAAUAAAGAAAACUAAUGGAGAGAAGGAAAAACGUGACGUUAAAAGCAAGCUUACAUCUCGCCAGAGGAUGGAUGGAGAUUUAAAAGAUGGUACUGACCAUACCUUAGAUGAAGAAGAUGUUGAUGAAGAGUGGCAAGGGCUUGAAGAAAAUGUUGCCCAUGUCCCCUUCACUGCAGAGCGCUACUCUGAGGCUGAAAUGAUUAAGAGGUCACAGACAUUUUAUGAGCUUCUAAAUAAGAGGCGAUCUGUCAGGUUUCUUAGUGAUGAGCCGGUCCCCAGGGAGGUUAUCGAUAAUGUCAUCAGAACAGCAGGUACUUCACCUAGUGGAGCACACACUGAGCCCUGGACCUUUGUGGUAGUGCAAGAUCCAUAUUUAAAACGUAAGAUUCGUGAAAUUGUAGAAGAAGAAGAGGAAAUCAACUACAAAAAAAGGAUGGGAGACAGAUGGGUUAAUGACCUGAAAAGACUGAGAACAAACUGGAUCAAAGAGUACUUGGACACUGCUCCAUACCUGAUCCUCAUUUUCAAGCAGGUAUACGGGCGGCUUCCAAAUGGCAAGAAGAAGACGCAUUACUAUAAUGAAAUCAGUGUUUCUAUUGCCUGUGGUAUCCUGCUUGCUGCACUGCAGAAUGCAGGUCUGUACACGGUGACCUCCACACCCCUCAACUGUGGCCCCCAGCUCCGGGUGCUGCUCCAGCGCCCAGCAAAUGAGAAGCUACUCUUGUUGCUCCCCGUUGGCUAUCCCAAGAAAGAUGCUACUGUGCCUGCGCUGACCAGAAAGCCGCUGGAAGACAUCAUGGUGGUCAUGUGAGCCCAGUGCCAGGAGGAAGGAGUGCAUCCCUGCUGACAGCUAGGAAGCAGCGGCCUGAUGAAGUUGUCAUUGCUGUUUCUUUGCAUCAUCCCCCUAUGUCACUGUUGCUCUGGCAGUUUACAUCUGUAUUUGUUUUAGUGCUACUAACAGCAGUGAGCAAUCAAGCGCUGUGCAUUUGACAGGUGCUGUUACUUAUGAAACCAGGCAGUUGCUCCAGGGGACAAUGGCAUUUAAAUGACCUUCAUCACUUGAUUUUUCUCAUGCAUUGGGGGGACAAAUCUUUCCUUGAACUGGAAUAUAUAUUCUUCUUAUACUUUUCUGAUUGCCAUUACACAGUUAUUUUAAGAAUUUUAAUGAAGGUUGUAUUAAAAGAUUUAAAGAGGUCAGACUCAGCUGUCUUGAUCACUGUUUAAAUGACCCUUCCCCCUCUGUGUAGAAGGAUGCUAUUUUUCUUUUAUAUGAUAGGAUCUCCCCACUUGGUUGAUCUCAAAUACCUUGUCUAUACCAGGCUUUCUUAAACUAUGGCUGCUACAAGUGUCUUAGAUUGGGGAAAAUGUAGUAGGAAAAAGUCAUCCAAGUAAUUUCCUUGUUAUCCUUUAUUUAUACAUGUUCCAGGCCCAGUUAGAUCAUAUGGUAGCUAUCAACCAUGCCCCCUGUAUUUGCUGUUUCCACUGGAAGCAGCCCAGAGGGAACUACUGUUCUGGUUAUCCUGUUUAUUAUACCUACAACUAUACCAGGUUAACACCCUGAAAUUUAAACUGCUUUACAGACCCUGACACGUUUCAU